UGUUAAACUUUGGGUAUUUUUGAAGAUUUUUUUGAUUUUUUGUGUUUCUAUUAUUGUUGUUGCCUACGUUGAGUCUCCCAUUUGGUGUUGUUUUGAUGAAACCAUGACCGGGUCAUUAAUGGUUCCCAUAGUUUAUAUAAAUGAUGAUUUGGGUGAGGAUGCAAUAACUGAUCCAUAUGGUAUACCACUGUUGGGGGUAUUUAUUUUGCUGUUGUCAUCCUUUUGUGUUUCAAACUUUGAAACACAUAUAGAGGGCUUUGAAAAAAAAGUUGUUGAGUAUAAUAAAUGUCCGGCUUGUGUUGUGUAUUCUUCGUGGUAUGGUGCGUGCUUGAUUUUGAUAAUUUUUCAUGGCUUUCAUGUUUUUGUGGGUUUGUUGUUUUUGUCUGCGGUUUUAUUUCGUAUUUAUUUUUAA